CUCAUUUGGCUUUUGAGUCCCCUCCCUUCCCUCCUCUUCUUUAACUCACCUGAAAAACCCUCAAAACCUAAACCCUAAUUCUGAGUCUGCGUUUUCUUCUACCACCCUUAGACCACUGCCUUUCUUGCCAUGGCUGAACUAAAGCUCUCAGAGAGCAGGGACCUGACCCGAAUAGAGCGAAUAGGUGCACACUCCCACAUUCGGGGUCUUGGCCUGGACUCAACAUUAGAACCCCGAGCCGUCUCCGAGGGAAUGGUUGGCCAGACGGCGGCCCGAAAGGCCGCCGGUGUCAUUCUCCAGAUGAUUAAGGAAGGAAAAAUAGCGGGUCGUGCCGUUCUGUUGGCGGGUCAACCCGGAACCGGAAAGACUGCUAUCGCCAUGGGUAUGGCGAAGUCGCUGGGUUUGGAAACCCCUUUUGCCAUGAUUGCUGGGAGCGAGCUUUUCUCUCUGGAGAUGUCCAAGACGGAAGCCCUAAUGCAGGCAUUUCGUAAGGCCAUUGGGGUGAGAAUCAAGGAGGAUACGGAGGUGAUUGAGGGCGAAGUCGUUGAGGUUCAAAUUGACCGGCCGGCGGUGACCGGAGCGGCCUCGAAGACCGGGAAAUUGACAUUGAAGACGACGGAGAUGGAGACGGUGUACGAUUUGGGAGCGAAGAUGAUUGAGGCCUUGGGCAAGGAAAAGGUGCAGAGUGGGGAUAUCAUCGCUAUUGAUAAGGCUUCGGGGAAAAUUACCAAACUUGGGAGGUCGUUUUCGAGGUCGAGGGACUACGACGCCAUGGGACCCCAGACCAAGUUCGUGCAAUGUCCAGACGGGGAGUUGCAGAAGCGCAAGGAGGUCGUUCACUGUGUCACACUUCAUGAGAUUGAUGUUAUCAAUAGCAGAACUCAGGGAUUUCUGGCCCUCUUCACCGGUGAUACUGGUGAAAUCCGUGCAGAAGUGAGGGAACAGAUUGACACGAAAGUAGCAGAGUGGAGGGAAGAAGGGAAGGCAGAAAUUGUACCAGGUGUCCUCUUUAUCGAUGAGGUGCAUAUGCUUGACAUUGAAUGCUUUUCGUUUUUAAACCGUGCACUAGAAAACGAGAUGGCCCCAAUAUUAGUUGUAGCGACAAACAGAGGGAUCACUACAAUCCGGGGCACAACUUACAAAUCUCCACAUGGGAUCCCUAUAGAUCUCCUUGAUCGCCUACUCAUAAUCUCUACCCAACCUUACACAGAGGAGGAAAUUCGCCAGAUUCUAGAUAUAAGAUGCCAGGAGGAAGAAGUAGAUAUGUCUGAAGAAGCAAAGAUUUUGUUGACCAAGAUUGGAGUAGACACAUCCUUGAGGUAUGCUAUCAAUCUCAUUACUUCCGGCUCACUGGCGUGCCUGAAGCGAAAGGGGAAGACGGUCGAAAUGGAGGACAUUAACCGGGUCUACCAUCUGUUUUUAGAUGUAAAGAGAUCAACUCAGUAUUUAAUGGAGUUUCAAAAUCAGUACAUGUUCAGUAAUGAAGAUGGGGAAGAAGAUGAGGUUACUGCCAUGCAGACAUGAAAAUUCCUUUAGACUUGAAGUUGUAUGGUAUUUAUUCAAAUGGGUUCUACUUUUUCCAGGUUACAAAGCUUUGUAGUUCCUCAUGUUUUAGGGAUGAAUUGGAGGUCGCUUGCGCAGUGUAGCCGCAACACAUUGUUUCUUUUAAAGCUCUAGUUCCAUCUCUCAUGUUUCUUCAAUGUAAUCACAAAAGUUGAUUCUGUUUUUAUUGCAUUUUUUAAUCAUUUA